AUGCUGAAGACUGUGAGGAACCUCUUCCCCGACGCGUCGCUCGACGUCAUCGUACGCGAGUUGCGGGCCAGCGGCUGGGUGGUCGCCAACGCCAUCGACGCGCUCGACGCCCUACGCGACCUCCGCCAACAGCGCCACCACGGGCCGCCUCUCCCACGCCACACCCCCAACGACGACCCCUGGGUGGUGCUCGACUCCGCUGCUGUACACCCUCCCGAGGGAAGCAGCCUCGGCGGCAAUGGCGAUGAAAACGAUGGCAGCGCCGCCGAGGGCGUGCGGCAGGUGGAAGACGCGCUGCGGAAGAGCUGCCUGUGGGACGACCCGCAGGCCUUCGUCACUCAUCUGCACCCGCCGGUCGUGGCGGCCACCGACGCGUCGCAAGGGACAGAGAAGGUCGCGGCGACGGUGGCGGAAGCGCAGGGCAGCGGCGGCGGCGAGGUGGACCCCACUACUGGCGGUGGUCGUGGUGGUACGCCCGAGGCGGAGGAACGGCGGAAGCGGGCGGAGAGGCAGCGGCAGAUGCUGGCGGAGGCCGACCGGCGAUGGGAGGAGGAGAAGCAGCGGCAGGCCGAGGCCGAGCGACUCCACGCCCGCCUCAAGGAGCACCGCCAGCGGUACGGCGGAUCCCUACCGCGCCCCAACACCGCCACCACCAGUGCGGCCAGCGGGGCAGAGAGCAACGAGGCGCACGGCACGCGCGAGCAGGGGGAGAUGAAGGAGGCGAGAGCACAACGGGAGCAGCAGCAGCAGCAGCAGCAGCAGCGGGGAGGUGAAGAGGAGCUCCGUAGGAGAGAAGCAGUGAAGGAGAAAGAAAACGAAGAAGAAGCCAGGGCCAGGGAAGAAGAGAGGGAACGGCAGCAGGUGGCCCUCGCCGGGAUGGUCGCACUGAGCCGCAAGCUCGCCCAGCGCUUCACGCCCCAGCAAUUGGAGGCGAUGCGGGCGAUCCCGUUCACCGUGACGACGGAGCGGGCGGCCAAGAUCUUCAACGACUGGCGGCUCUCGCUCUGGUUCGCGCCGACAGACUUCAGCCAGCUGCUCGAGGCGCCCUCCGUAAGCAUGACCUACGUCCCCUACUACUGCACCGCCGUGCGGAGUGUGUGCACGUACGCGGCCAAGGUGGAGGUGGUGGCGGGCACGGACGGCCGGAAGGAGUCGCGGCUGGUGGAGGGGCGGCGCAGGGAGGGCAGCCACGAGCAGAACGUGUGCGGCGCCGCCCGCCUGCGGCCGGAGGUGGCCGCCCUGCUCUCCGCCAUCGAGCCGUGGGACAUGGAGGCCUCGCUCCCCCUCGCGGCUCCUCCUCCUCCUUCCUCUGCUAUUCGGGGCAGUCUGCCGGUCAAAGUUGAGGAUGACGACGACGACGACGAUGAUACCGUGCACGUGGCCUCUCUGCUCGAGCCCCGCGACGUGUGGGGCACCGUGCGGGAGGCGAUCGUCGCGCGCGAGAAGGAGGCGUGCGCCAGGGAACUCCUGGCGGGCGAUCAUGGAGAAGACGAUCCUCACGAAGAAGAAGAGAAGAGGCGAGAGCGGGUGGUGCGAGUGGUGGAGACGAGCGUGACGCGCAUGGAGUACCCGGAGACGCGCUACCGGGUGGUGUACGUGCCGCUCUACCUCGUCCGCUACACGCAGGGCGAUCCGCAGGGCGAGCCGCGGGAGUUCUUCUUCGCCAUCAACGCGCUCACUGGCAAGAGCCACGGGCAGCGGCCGUUCGGGGUGGGCAAGAUCCUGGGACGCGGCCUCAGCUUCCUCGAGGGCCUGCUGGGCCUGAAGGACCACCACACCGCGCAGAUCGUGAUCGGCAGCCAGCUCUCCCAGCUCGACCGCCGGAUUUGCUACGCCGACAAAGACUACUACCUCAUUUGGCCGGCGUCCCACUCGUACGUGUUGACCCACGACACCGGGUUCAUCACCCUGCGCAACUGCUCGGCCACCCGCCCCAUUGCUCUCUCGUCUCAAAUGCGCGAGUCCAAGGACAUCACCGCCCGGUAUGUGCUACGGCCGGGUGAGACGCAGAGCUUCAACUACCGCGGGUUCUGGUGCAUCCGCCUCGCGCUGGCCAGUGAUGACGACGAAGCCGGGCAAGCCGCCACUCCUCCCUCCGCCCUCUCCCGCGCCGCCACGUUCUUCUUUCCCGCCACGGCGCAGCCGGCGUCAGUAUCGGCCAACGGACCGGUGCGAUGGGAGGAAAUGAUCGAAGUCGUGGGCUACAGCAUCGACGGCGGCAACCACGGCAACCUCCUGGGCAUGGCCUAG